AAGUGGGAGUGCCUCGCUAUUAGUUUGGCUGUCACUUGAACGUUGUCGAGUGUCUUCAGUGGUUGUGUCGUUGAGGUCCGCACUAGCAUGUGGUCACCCUCCGUGCGCACCUCAACAUUAGUCGCGGGAGAACAGAGUGGGAUGCGAGAACACGCACUAAUAGGCCUGAGAGGAAAACACUGAGAAAGCGCCCGUGGACACUUUAUAUCGGAUCAGCGGGAUUCUGAGACGCCUGAUAACCAGGACGAUCUAAUAGAGGACAAACAGAACGCAUUCAUCCCAAGAAGUGCACUGCUUCGAAGACGCGUUUUUGUCCGAAGAUAUCAGACACUUCGCAUUCUUCUGAAAAGAUUUCCAGGAAUGGAAUCUCUCCCAAAUCCGCUGCCGGCUGGAAGAGACUCCAGCUGUUCCCCGAACUCUAAGCAAGACCUGCAGUCUUAUUCUGGCCCACCACUAAAGCCGAACCAAGUCAGUGAGACUUCUUUAUACGGAAUACCGAUCGUUUCACUAGUGAUAGAUGGACAAGAGAGACUUUGCCUUGCCCAAAUAUCCAACACCCUUUUAAAGAACUACAGCUAUAACGAAAUCCACAACCGGCGUGUGGCCCUGGGCAUCACUUGUGUCCAGUGCACUCCGGUCCAGUUAGAAAUCCUCCGGCGCGCCGGGGCUAUGCCCAUUUCAUCGAGACGCUGCGGAAUGAUAACAAAGCGAGAGGCCGAGAGGCUCUGCAAAUCGUUCCUUGGCGCACACAGCCCCCCUAAAUUACCCGAAAAUUUCGCGUUUGACGUGUCACAUGAAUGUGCAUGGGGGAGCAGGGGUAAUUUCAUUCCAGCCAGGUAUAACAGCUCAAGGGCGAAAUGUAUCAAGUGUUCAUUCUGCAACAUGUAUUUCUCGCCAAAUAAGUUCAUAUUUCACUCUCAUCGCACACCGGAGUCCAAAUACACACAACCCGACGCUGCAAACUUCAAUUCGUGGAGAAGACACUUAAAACUGGCCGAUAAAAACGCAGCGGAUGAUGUGUCUCAUGCCUGGGAAGACGUAAAAGCCAUGUUUAACGGUGGCAGCCGCAAGAGGACGCUGCCAAUCGGUGGGUCUGGCAGAUCAUCCCCACUUGGUUCGCACGGACCUAGAGGUCAGCCACAGGGUGAACCGACUGAGGUGCCCCACAAAACUUUGCGUUGUGAGGAUGACAGGGGGAACGUGACCGUGCCAAGCAGCAUCCGCAGUUACCCGGUCAUUCCGGUGCCUAGCAAGAGUUUUGGGAUGCUACAGAAAAUUCCACCACCUCUUUUUCCACACCCAUAUGGUUUCCCAGCGUUUGGACUGUGUCAAAAGAAAGACGAUGGUGUUGUGAUGGGAGACACAAACAAAACGAAUCUGUCAGGUGUUUUCUGGCCGACCCCCAAGGACAGUCCCUAUCCCUCGUUCCCGAUGUUUUGGCCUACAACAGGCAGUUUAGCCAUGCCAACCUACCACCAUGCCCAACCAAAGCCUCCGUCUGACGUGUUACUCAGCAGACACAGUGAACUGGACGUGUCUGAGCAAAGCGACCGAAGCACCAGCACUCCUAAAGACAGUUUACUUGACAACGAACGGUGCUCCAGCACUCAGUCGAUCCGGAAUGAUGAUGAGAAAUCCGGGGACGAGAGCAGGUCAAUAGAGGGGAUUCCAGCCACAACAAGAAAAAUAAGCUACAUAUCCGCGUUCAGGCCGGUGGUUAAAGAUGUUGAGAGUAUUGCGAAACUAUAUGGCAGCAGGGGUCCAUAUUCUGGUUCCCGGUCUGGUUAUAUGUCACCGGAUUUUUUAAGCGAAAGUUCUAGUUAUAGGUCAGCAUCUCCGGACGUGGACAGUGUAGACGAUCCGGAUGUGGAUGUGGAUGUAGAGUCACACAAGGUAGCCGAAGAUGAGGAGUGUCUGCAGCUGACUGUGGAUGACCGAAGAAGCCCCCAUGUAUUGACCGUAGCUCAGAGUGAGAGGGUUAAAGGUCAAGAUCAACAAAAUAACCAAAUGCACAUCAAGACUGAUACACACACGACAAAUUCAAGUGAAACUCGACCGCCUGGAUUGGAGAGCCUUGGAAAGCCGUUUGAGAGCAAUAAACACACAACGCGCUUUGAGGUGUAUGCGCGUGAAAGAGACGAGCAAACGCAUCAAAUCAGCGCCUCUUAUUCUGGAUCAACUGCCACUUUCCAGCGCGAACAGAUUGCGUCGAAUGUUAAAGACAUGCACGAAGAAGAGCCAUCGUCUACAGUGGAGGAGAUGGAACCCAAAAUUCAUCAGGACCAAGCCAAUGUCCCUGAAGAGCGCCUGAAGGAAUCCAAUGAUGAUGAGGAAGCGAUGCGCAAAGACGCCAGCAGCAGGGCGUCUUCGAUUGAGAAAGACAUAGAGAACAUGGCCAAAGAGGAAUUGCAAAAACAACUUGUGGAGCAAGUCGAGCUUAGAAAAAAGUUGGAGCGUGAGUUCCAGAAUUUAAAAGACAGUUUUCAAGACCAAAUGAAAAGGGAACUCUCAUACAGAGAGGAAAUGGUUCAGCAGCUCCAGAUUGUUCGAGAAGCUCACGACGCGCUGCACCAUUUCUCGUGUAAGAUGCUGAGCCCUCGCCACUGCACUGGGGCCUGCACCUUUAAGCCGCCUCUUCUACCACCUUGAUGCACAUCAUCCAUUCAAGACAUGAGCUUUCUUUAUAAAUACUGCUGUGUCAAAUAAAAUGUUUCUCUCUGCAAAACACUGUCGACCUUUAGACCUUGAAUAAGCAAGUGUGUACUGUAGUAUUUUAGCUCUUACACUGUAAUGAAGUCAUUUUCAUUUGCACAACAGUGUUUUCAGACUCACUGUAUGUACUGUAUAAUUUAUAUAAAGUUCUAGAAAGUUGCAUUAUAAAAAAUGACGUUCCACUAUAAAUAUUAUCAUCGGCUGAAACCACUGGUAUUAAAUGGCUAUGUGCAAUGCAUAUAUUUGUUCUGUAUCCUGUGAUACUCUUUUUGUUAGUGAUAUGUUAGAACAUUUUGUUCGAUUAGAUGCUAAAUUAUUUAUGGUUUUGUAUUCUUUUAUUUAUUCCAUGUCCAUGUUGGUUGUUUAUUCUCAUCUACAAAUUUGUAUAUUAUGGAUGUAAAGCACUUUAAAUUGGCAGUCCUUACUCCUGAAAUGUGGAUUAAAUGAUCUUG